AUGCGAUACACGCUCUGCUUUAUGCCAUUUCUGGCUCAGUCAGUUGUAGGACUUGUGGUUGGAAGAGCGACAACGGCUUCAGGUGCUGCCACCACUGCUGCGGCUUCUGGGAAUCCAUUCUCCGGUUACCAGCUCUAUGCCAAUUCCUAUUAUUCAUCUGAAGUCUCUGCCUCUGCUUUGCCUUCAAUGACCGGGACAGCUGCUGCUGCUGCAAGCUCAGCUGCGGAAGUGCCCUCAUUUUACUGGCUUGACACCGCGGACAAGGUGUCGACAAUGGAUGAUUUCCUUUCUGACAUCCAAACACAAAACAAUGCUGGCGCUAGCCCUCCUAUCGCCGGAAUUUUCGUCGUGUAUGACUUGCCAGAUCGGGACUGUGCUGCUCUUGCUAGCAACGGUGAGUAUAGCAUUGCCGACGGGGGUGUUGCUAAAUAUAAGACAUACAUCGACAACAUUAAGACUACCCUCACAAAAUACUCUGAUGUGCACACUAUUUUGGUAGUUGAACCCGACAGCCUGGCAAACCUGGUCACCAACAUGGCGGUCUCUAAGUGUGCGAAUGCCUAUGAUGCUUAUCUGGAAUGUGUCAACUACGCUGUCACAGAACUGAACCUCGAUAACGUGGCCAUGUAUUUGGAUGCCGGACACGCCGGAUGGCUGGGCUGGCCCGCCAAUCUGAGCCCUGCUGCCACGCUUUUCGCUCAGGUAUAUAAUAAUGCCUCUCAGCCAGCAGCACUUCGCGGCUUGGCCACUAAUGUUGCAAACUAUAACGGCUGGUCCUUGGAUUCUUGCCCUUCAUAUACCUCCGGCGACUCCAACUGCGACGAGAAGAAAUAUGUCAAUGCAAUUGCUCCCCUACUCCAGAGUGCUGGAUGGGAUGCCCACUUCAUUACUGAUACCGGCCGUAAUGGCGUCCAACCCACUGCGCAAAACGCAUGGGGUGAUUGGUGCAACGUGAAGGGCACAGGUUUUGGUGUACGUCCAACGACUGACACCGGUGAUGACUUGGAGGAUGCUUUUGUCUGGGUCAAGCCUGGUGGUGAGAGUGACGGCACUUCUGACACUACCUCAUCCCGAUAUGAUGCCCACUGUGGUUAUAGUGAUGCUCUUCAGCCCGCACCUGAGGCUGGUACCUGGUUCCAGGCCUAUUUUGAACAGCUCGUGGAGAACGCGAAUCCGUCUUUCUAA